AUGGCAGGACAAGCGCUGCGUGAACAGCUUGCAGGCGUAAGUUAUCCGCCAGUAGCGCCCAACUGGGGCGCCGACUAUUGUACCAACCAUCAUGAUACGUACGACUACAUUGACCCUGUUACAAGGUCAAAUUGCACUGGAAAGGUUAUUUUGGUGACUGGGGGAAACAAGGGGAUUGGAAAAGGUAUCGCUUUAUCGUAUGCUAGAGCAGGCGCAUCGCACAUCGCUAUCACUUCUCGCUCAGAGGUCCCGGAAGUUGUAACAGAGAUCGAGAAAAGCGCGGCAGAUGCCGGACGAGCGAAACCAGUGGUAACCGUGCUGCGGUUAGAUGUCACUGAUUCGGCGAGUGUGACUAAUGCUGCUCACGUCUUAGAGGGGCAAUGGGGCCGACUCGAUAUCCUAAUUGGCAACGCAGGAUAUCUAUCCAAGUACGACAAGAUCUUAGACGGAGACGAGGAGGGGUGGUGGCGGAACUUCGAAGUUAACGUUCGCGGAAGCUAUCUUGUUGCCAAGGCUUUUCUACCCCUGAUGUUAAAGGGUGGCGAUAAGACUAUUAUUAACAUGUCCUCAACUGGAGUCCAUCAUUUCCAUACAGGCGGAAGUGGCUAUCAGCUCAGCAAGUUUGCUCUUCUGAGGCUCACUGAGUAUCUCAUGGCGGAGUACUCAGAUCAGGUGAGCUGGGCUAUGCAUUUCCCCAAAAUGUAUGGUUAUGUGGUUAUCUGA